AUGUGUAGCUUCAAAUCCGAAGAGGAUCUACCGCUACAAGGAACUAUUGUGGAAAUACCAUUAACAAUUGAAAAUGAGACAGCAUCAAUAACACUUUCUAAACGUUCAAUUUGGAUUCACGUUAGCAAAGCCGAUUACGAACCAAGCGCCGAACCCGACUUUAUUAAUAUUUCGCUAGUUUCAAUAUGGGAAGAGGGAUAUUAUCAUACAACCAUCAACAAGCAAAACAUCUACAACAUCUUUGAGAAUUCAUCAUCGAGGAAGAUUAAAAUUGAUCGUGAGAAUACAUACGACGUGUUUACUGACUUGUUCCCGUCGGAUUUAGAUACUUUUUUGGAAAGUGAUCGUAAAAACGGUGUGCAUAAACUGCUUUUCCUAAGUGCAAGGAUUAAAGUGCCAGAAAGUAGUUUUAAGAAAGGAGAAAGCCUCAAUACAGAUACCUUGCAAAUACAAAUAAAGAGUACCGGGACAUUUAAUCCGACUAUAGGUAAGUUUGAUUUGACGUCAGUGGUUUUCGAAACUUCCAAAUACUUGAAAAACGAGGGAAAUCUAUUCAAUUGGAUGUCAUUACUUAACUACCAGAAUAAAGAGAUGGUUAAAAGGUUGACUCAAUACAGUGCUGAAAAUGAACGACUACAAACAGAUAAUAACCUUUUGCAGCAAGGAAUGGACCAAACAAAGAAUGAUUAUGAAGAGAUAAGGGUAGAUUUGGAAUCCAAAUUUUAUCAAGAAUUGAAUUUGAAAAAAGAUGUGAUUUAUGAAUUAUCAAAGAACGAUCUCCCGAAAACUGAAUUGCUCGGGUUGAAUGUUAAUUUUUUGGUCAAUGCAGCAGAGCAACGCAACGGGAAAGAAGCCAAUACCAUGAAAAGCAGAAAGACACAAGAGAAGCGUGUUAAAAAGGAGAAGGGAACAAGUACAAAGAAACGCAAGAUCAAACCGGGGGAGGAUGAAAGUGAAGAAGAAUUCGCAGACUUCAAGAAUGACACUGAUUAUGCUGAUGUGGGUGACAAAGAUGAAACUGUUGGACAUUUGACAAACGUCAAAGUCAAAGCCAAAAAUGAACCAGACGGGGAUCUGCCCAUGGUUGAUUUCGAUUUUGGGCCCAGAGUUCAACUCGAACCUAAUACCCAAAACUCUCCCAGAUCUCCUGAGUUGAGAGAUGAUUCAAAUGCCAUUACUAUUAAGCCGGAUCCAUACGCUAACAGCGCACCGUUCAACCUGGACUCUUUUUCAUUGGGCAAUGAAGAACCACAAUGCAGUUUGAGUUUGCUUAGCGGAUCACGGAACUCAUCGAUGAACAUUGAAAGUGAUCGAGGUAUUUUCAAUAAUGCGAUGCGCGACAAUUCUUCAGGAGGGAAUGACGAGGCUAAACACGAAGAAGAGGGUGGAACGGAAAACUUCAAGGAUGAAACAGAAUAUAGCACUGAUGAAAGUGGCAAUGCAUCGGGUUAUUCCUUAGAUGAAGAUGGGGAAGCCAAAGAUAAGGCUGAAAAUGAAGAAGAAAAUCAAGAUACAGAUAACACUGAAAAUGGCUCCAGCUCUAGAAGCAAGAAUUAUAGGGGAUCUUUUAUUGAAGACAGCCUUGGAAGCAACAUUUCCAAGUCCAAGUCAGAUGAAAAUAAUGAAUCUCGAAACAAAGCUGACUAUUCCGAUGAAGAGAGUAAGGGGAAGAAAGAUUACGACAGCACCAAGAGUCAACAGACAGUUAGCCAAGCUGAGGUGGAGACCGAUUACAGCGAUGACGAUGAUGAUGAUUAA